AGAACACAAUUCACAAGAUCUUCUUUAGAAUCCAAAAUCAUUUUGGAGAGAAAAAAAAACCGAAGAUGGCAACCAAAUCCACGGGAGGUAUCGAGAAAACCAAGUCAACAGAAGUGAAGAAGAAACUGAACGUGUUGAUCGUCGAUGAUGAUCCAUCAAUCCGUAGACUCCACGAGAUGAUCAUCAAAAGGAUAGGAGGAAUUUCUCAGACGGCGAAGAAUGGCGAGGAGGCAGUGAUUCUCCACCGCGGCGGGGCAUCUUUCGACCUUAUUCUAAUGGAUAAGGAAAUGCCCGAGAGGGAUGGAGUUUCGACAACUAAGAAGCUAAGAGAAAUGAAAGUGACGUCAAUGAUAGUUGGGGUAACGUCACUAGCUGACCAAGAAGAAGAGCGUAAGGCUUUUAUGGAAGCUGGACUUAACCAUUGCUUGGAAAAACCCUUAACCAUGGACAAGAUCCUCCCUUACAUUAACCACCUCUUGGGUGCUUGAUGGAUGACGGGUCAUUAUAGAUUUAUAUUUCCAAUCAUGAAAAAAAUACAAUAAUGUCUACACCUACACGUACGUACGUGUAUUUGACAUAUAUAUCUCAUAUCUGCAUGUGUUUCUUUUGGAAUUUAGGGUUUCUCAUAUCUAUGUUUGAUUUCUUUUAUCGUUCGAGAUGAAAUCAUGUAAGUCGUUUCUUGUGGCUUAUAAAAUAGUAAAAUAAGA